AUCAUGGAGAUUUCCACAUUGAAAUAUUUAUUUUUGUUAUUUUAUCUAUUUUUUAUGUACUUUGUUGGCAGCAUCAUCUUUACCAAGGGAUUUUUGUUGAAAAGAGAUGUCAUUUCUAUUAACAGCAGCUGUCGUGUUGAUUUUGCAACAUACUGGGAUGGAAAAUCUCACGGAGCCGAGGGUUGUUGGCUUCAUCGACGCUUUGACAGAGUAGUUAUUAUUGUGAUUGAUGCAUUGAGAUUUGACUUCGUAGCUCCCAUCAAAGAUGCCAGAGAAAAGCCAUAUAUCAACAAAAUGAAAACAGUGCAUGAUUUGCUUCAGCAUAAACCGCAGAAUGCAAGACUUUACAAGUUUACGGCAGACCCGCCAACGACAACUUUACAGAGAUUGAAAGGCCUUACGACCGGAAGUUUACCGACGUUCGUAGAUGCCGGUUCUAAUUUCGCAAGUGCUGAAAUCACAGAAGAUAAUUUUAUUGAUCAAUUAGUAAAGAUGGGAAAGAAGAUAACAUUUCUUGGCGAUGACACAUGGACCAGUCUAUUCCCAGGUCGUUUCCACCGUGAAUACUCUUAUCCUUCAUUUAAUGUUAAAGAUCUGCAUACUGUUGAUAAUGGUAUAUUAGCAAAUAUUUACCAAGAAAUCAGACUUAAAGAUUGGGACGUCACAAUUGGACACUUUCUCGGUGUGGAUCAUUGUGGGCACAGGUAUGGUCCAAAUCAUCUUGCGAUGUCUGAUAAAUUGAAACAAAUGGAUGACAUGAUUCGAAAUGUGACGCAGCGACUUGACAAAAAUACGAUAUUGUUUGUUCUCGGAGAUCAUGGUAUGACUCAGUCAGGGGAUCAUGGUGGGGACAGUGAUGAGGAACUAGAUGCAGCAAUGUUUGUGUACAGUCCAUCACAGAUAACAGCAUCAAAGUACGAGCCUGGGAGAUACAAGACUGUAUCACAGAUAGACCUGGUACCAACAAUAUCUCUUCUUCUUGGUACUCCCAUACCUUUCUCAAAUCUUGGAACUGUUGUUACAGAUCUGAUGAACCACUGCAGUUGGUCGAAGGACUCCCACAUCAAGGAAGUCUAUCAUUCAGUGGAGGCAUUGCGUGUAAAUGCCGUACAAAUCAGUCGCUACAUCACUGAAUACAUGAAAACGUCGUCAGAUCUACCAAAGCACAAACUGCUGUUACUAAACGAACGUUUAAGAAAUGCAGAAAUGCAGCUGCAGACAUUAGUGACCAACAUGUUUACGAAUAAUAAUGCCGGAAAUGCACACGAGAAGUUGCACUAUUUAGAAAACGAGUAUAAAGAGUACAUGCAAGAAGUGAGAAAAUUUUGUAAAGAAGUUUGGGCAAAAUUCGAUAUGACAUCGAUGGUGUUAGGAAUACUUAUACUAGCGGUGACGCUGUUGGUAAAUAUUUACUUGCUGCAUGUGUCGUCCAGUUUGUCGGAGGACAGAGAUAACGGUACGAUGGUUAUCGUGCUGAUCCUGUCAUUCGUAUUUGUGAUAUUCUCGAUAUUUCAAUCGUUCUAUCUGGAUGAUGGGGCAGUAAGCAUUAUGGCGUUCAUUUUAGGGCUGUUUGACUUCAUUGCCUUGGGGAUUAUCAUCCUGAUUGCAAGAAACAGCACGCAGAAAUCGGAGAAAAAAUCGUCUGAAAAUUCAGUAUCGUUCUUACAGAGUAUCGGCAAAAACCUAAAUGCAUCAGUUGACAACAGUUUAACAGCGAUAAUUACUCUUAUUACAUCUUUGAGUUUUUUCUCGAAUAGUUUCGUUGUCUUUGAAGAUGAUGUUACUUUGUUUUUAACACAGACAUGUGUUUGGUUUUUCUUUUUGAAAGUAAUCCUGAAAUUGUGGAAGGAAACCAAAUUUACAAAGGAUCAUUCGAAGACGAAAUCAAAGUCAGUAAGAACAGAUAUGAAGAAAUUUUCUUCACAGUCAGUAAUUUUAGUUUUGAUGCUUACAUUUGCUUGUAGUGUGUGUGUUAGAUUGUCGGCAAAUUUCCGAACUAAACGGGAAGAGCAAAUGACUGAAGAAGAAGCAGCAGGGGAGACAGGUGAAACAAAUUUGGACACAAAUAAAAACAUGACUUAUUUUCUUAGUGUAGCAUGCCUUCUAGUCAGUAUUUAUUUACCCCGUAAAUGGCUCGCGGAAAGCGGGAAUCUCAACAGCGCUAGUUUUUCGACACUUUGUGCGCGAUAUUUAAUGCCUGUUGCAGCGAUUGCGACUGUUUUGUUCUGGGCUAUGCAGCAUCUUCCAAACAAGGUUUUGGAUUCUCUGCCAGUUUGGCAGCAAGUUUUGCUGCCACAGACUGUAUACAUUAUUGUUAUAAUCUCAUUUAUUGCCUUCGUGAUCUCACCUAUGCUUGUGUAUACACUGCCAAAACAAAACAACCAAAUGUCCAUACCAUCAACUCAAAAUGGAAAGGAUAUCUUUCAGAAAGUGUUCAAGUACGUUAAAAGUAACUGGGAAAGCAAUAGUGCCAUAACCAACGAUACUCAAAGCGAUGUGCCAAAGGUGUUCGGUUUAGGAACAGUGUAUGCUGCUGCUAUCGUGUAUAAUGGCAUGGCAUUCAUUUUAUUACUAUCCUUGUUGUUAGGUGAGGGAUUAUCGCCAAGUUUUCUUACAGCCAUUUGUGGCAUUUUCUGCUUUUUUGAGUUGUUUACGAUCUGUGUUAAGUUGUGUAGAGAAAGUGACUUGUUGCCAAAUGGCCUUUUGACAAUGUCGCUGAUGAUAGCAAAUUAUUUUUAUGGCUUUGGACAUCAAGCAACGAUACCUGCUAUACGAUUUGAAGCUGCAUUUAUAGGUUUCAGCGGCGACUGGGAAAACAAAAUCAUACCAGCAUUUCUGAUUCAUAGCAAUAUGUUUGCUGCAGAAAUAUUUUUCACAUUUUUAGUGCCAUUGUUAAUUCUUUUGCCGUGUACAAAAGGUGCGAUCGUAGAAUACUUCUCGUUUUGGAGAGACAGUCGAGAAAAUCAUUGGCAGGGUGAUUUUGUGAUGCACGAAAAUCAGAAAGUUUUCCGUCAUCUUCAAAUGAAGAUAUUUUUCUCAUUGUACUUGUACCAAGGAUUUAAACUGUCGGCUAGCAUUUUGGCAGCAGCUAUUCAUAAACGACAUCUGAUGGUAUGGAAAAUUUUUGCGCCAAGAUUCGUUUAUCAGGCGAUGUCAACAUUCACAGUAUUUGCUGUAGCAAUCAUUGUCACCAUGGUUCUGGCAAGAGUGAAUUCUUCGCUGACAAAGUGGAUGGCAAAAAUUAAGCAAAAUUCUUGAAAAGAUAUCAAUUUUAUGAGAGUGAAUUCUUCACAGACAAAGUGUAUGGCAAAAAUUAAGCAAAAUUCUUUUAAAAAGUCUGUGUAGAUGGAAAUUUUUAGAAGUGAAAUUUUUCAUGGGAAAGGUGAAGUAAAAAGCAAAAGUGAUGUUUGUAAACAUGUUUGAGUGAAUAGAAAGUUAUGAAGGUCACUACUCAUUUGUCAUUUUGAUUAUUGUGGCAAUGUUUUCUUGACAAAAUGGCGGAAAAUGGAUUUUUAGAUUACAAUGUAGAUGUUUGAUGAAACGUAACACAGUUGGCAGUGCCAAAUGUAGAGAUGGUACAUAAAAAUUCAAAUUGCAUCUGAUAGUACUUUCUGUUGAAAACUUACUACCAGAGUACCUCAAUCAUAUAAUAGUUCAACUUUCAUACUUCAUUUUUCAUGCUGAAAGGCAAUAUUUAAUCCGAAAAAUUUGGUCUUACUUGAAAAAGUGAAACAAGUGACAGAUAAGUCUCUAGGACUAUUUAUUAUCUGAACUAAGUAUGCAUAAAUUUAGAUGUGUUUCCCCAAAAUAUAGUUUACUUCAAGAUCUAUGAAUAGUUAUUCAAACAAAAAAGGUGAGCAUUAUUGUUCAUUUUCAAACAAACUAAUUCAAAGACAAUUUUAUUUAUUUAUUACGGCCGAUAAUUAUAGGUAUGGUAUGAUCAUAGGAAAGAAGACAUUAUUCAUGAGAAAAAAAUACAAAUAAAUCAGUCAGGGGUGUAACUGUUUCAAGUUAUCACAGUUUAUAACCCAUUUGAGUUAUUGCUUAUAUUUUCAUAACUUGUUUCAGUUAUCAUAAAAUAUUACAAAGCCCUCCUGUGCCAAUUCCUCAUUUUGAAUGUGACUAAUGCAAUUAUUUCCUGAAUCCUAGAACUCUUAUCUUUACAGCUAUGCAGUAAAAAAUUUUACGCAAGGCUGAUAAAGUUUUACGCAAAAGGUUUAAAGCUAUAAAACUCUUAGCAUCCCAUUAUGCUUAUCAGGUCAUGAUCAGACUAAAAGAGAAUUUGAUUAACCACAGAUUGCUACUUAUUUCACUGUAUAGGUCACUUUGUGAGAACAGCAAAAAGACAUUUUUUGCAUAACUUACCUGAGUUAACUUAUAUUUUAUAACUAAUACAGGUUAUAAAAUGCUUGAAAAAAUAACUGCAAUAGGUUACAUAACUUAAAACAGUUACACCCCUGACUGUAAAUUAUAUGAAAAGACGAUAUGAAAUUUACGAUAUCGAAUCCCUCAACAUUUUACAAAAUUCGUUUUCCAAGAAUAAUGAAGGCCUCAAAUUGUACGAGUCAAAAACAGAGCGAUAUAAAAAUGUAUAAUAUUCUAUCUGAUGGUCACACCAAAACCAUACCAAAAACUGUGCCGAAAGAAGUUAUUUCACUUUAUAUAACGUGCACCUUGUGUUUACAAAUGUACCUAAUUUGCAUAUUUAUAUGACCGAGGCGCGUGGAAUCGCAUUUACCUUGUGGAAUCUGCCGUUAAAGAAACUUCUGUGUUUAUAUAAUGCAGACGUUCUUUAGUAUAAAUAAAAUGGUUGUGUUAGUUAAAAAGAAAUGACAAUCACCUUUCUUUAGCUAAUCCACCAAAACAACAAAGCCAAUAUCGCUGUCAAAGGUUCCCGUAUUUACUGCAUGGUACUAUGUUGAAAUAUUGUUAAGUGUGAGAUAAGUGAUAUGCACUUCAGUUUUGCUCUUGAUUUGUUGUUGUUGUCAUUGAAUACUUAGCCUUAGGUACCAUCUCUAAAAAAUGUAUAUAUUGAAAUUUUGUCUGAUAUGCUAUUUGUCAUUGGACAGCAGUUUAAAUUCAAAUUAACCAAAAAUUUAAAAGAGAACUGAUUACAUUUGAUAAUUACAUUGAGAUUCCAUAGGUUGUUUGAAUAGUGCCUAUGAUGAGCCAGCCGGUACUAUACACUACUGCUCAGAAGCUGUAUUGAAUGUCGUUUAUUAUGAUGUUAAAGUGGCUGUAAUCCAGAUUUUUCUCUCUUUUUUUCAACAAUAUCUUUUGUUAGCCAAAGGGUGCAACUAAGAUGUAGCCUUUGAUUGUGUAAUAACUGAUUUAUCUCCCUGUACUGGAAGUGCUUGUUUAAUAUUGAACCCUGAACUGGGAACUUAAUUGUUAAAAUGUUAGUUUCCUUAAGUGUUAAGUAAUUAUAUUUUAUAUAAUUGUAACUAAUUUUAAGUCUGACUGUACAUGUAGAUGAUUUUCACCAUUUGUAUCUGAUAUUAUGUUAAUUAGUAGGGAUGGGAACGAAUACUGAAAUCAAUAUUCGAAUAUUCGGUUUGCCAUAUUCGAAUAUAUUCGAAUAUUCGGUUUGUUUUUAUGGAAGCUUUAAAUUCUUAUUAAGUGAUUGGCAUAUACACAACGUAUUCAUUUGUUUAAAGCGUGGAUCAUCGUACGUAAUAAGGCCAAAAAAUGUCUGUUUCGGGUAACCCGAUCCAACCUAGCAAAUCCCGCCGAUCCUAGCGUUUUAUUUCACGAUUCUAUCAGUAUAAUCAUGAACAGAUUUAACUAAUUCAGUGUUUUAGCUUCAAAAUGAUACAAAAAAUCAAAACGAUUAUAAUUUAGACCGUCGCAAUUUUAUCUGAAAAUAGCAGGUCGUCCUAUUUAAACACGUGACGCGCUGUUGUAUUACCGCCGCCAUUUUGAAAAUUUUCAAUCGGCGUGUAAAAAUCGUCGUGUAAAAAGCAAGUAAGGCAGACUUAAACCUCCUUCAACAUGAACUUAUGCAUCAAUCAUAUGGUAUUGCUUGAUUUUAUUAUAAAGUACUUCAAAAUUUAAUUCGAAUACGGCCGAUGGCGGAUGAAAACCGAUUCUGCGGAUGGUCUGAAACGUCGUACAAAAUAUUGUGAAAAGAUCGACAAUAUCUACAAGUUGGUAUUGUUUUCAAAAAAAAAAAUCUACAACUUGUUACAUAAAACAGGCGCCAAUAAAAAUGAACAAAAGAUAAAAAGAGAUCACAUUUACGCCUAAUACAAACUGUUAAUCCGUAGCGAUGACCCCAGGUAAUUAUGCAUUGCAAUUUUCUUGUUAAUUGGACAUCUUUUGACAUGCAUCUGACACAUUGACGCCUGUUGCAAACUGUUAAUCCGUAACGAUGGCCCCUGCCAAUUAUGCAUUGCUAUUUUCUUGUUAAUUGGACAUCUUUUGAUUCGCGAUAAACAAACAUGACAUGGUUUUAAUCUGUAGAAUUAGCAUGCUCAUAUUGCCCAAAAUCAAUGAUACUUAUUUUGAAAAAAAAAAAUACAAUAAUUUACGAAUAUUCGAAUUUGAUUUUCAUAUUCGAAUAUUCGAUCGAUUUUCGAAUAUUCGAAUAUUCGAAUAUUCGUUCCCAUCCCUAUUAAUUAGUAUUUAAGAAUUCUCCUUUAUGUUAUGGUGCUUGUUUUUCAUAUUGGUGCAGUAUUUUGUAUUUAAUUACAGUUCAAAUGACAAAUUGAUUAAAAUGUUUCACAAUGCAAA